CUCGCCCCCUUUCUCUAAUUCAACGUCGCAACUUUCUCUGGAUAGCAGAUCGCUGAGGGGUCGCAUUGCAUUGCGAUGGAUGAGAAAUUUCCACCCCAAACAAUGGCUGCACCCAUAGAAGUUCUCGCCCUUGGCUUGUGUCGCACGGGGACAUUUUCAAUGAAAAUAGCCUUAGAAGAGCUAGGAUACAAGAAAGUGUACCACUUCUUCACCGUGGAUGAAGAUCCUUCGCAUGCGGAUUUAUGGAUAUCAGCGUUGAGGAGGAAGUAUGAGCCACAGUGUGGAAACUCAACCGAAGAUUUGAAGACCGAUUGGAAUCAAUUAUUGGGAGACUAUAAUGCAGUCACAGACAUCCCGGCGGCAUGUUUCGGCCCAGAUCUAAUCGCAGCAUAUCCAAACGCCAAGAUUAUUCUCACGACUCGAUCAGCAGCCAGCUGGCAAAAGUCUAUGCUAAACACUAUACACGCCCUUCAGUCAUCGCACAUAAAUCGCUUCUUGCUGUUAUUUGUGAAUGAGAGGAAAAGAAACCUCUCUCACUUGGUAGAUCUUAUCAUCCAGUACUACUUUCGCGGAAGCAUACGCCGCAAUGGGAUAGAAGUCUUUGGACAGCAUAAUGAUAUGAUCAAAGAAAUUGCUUUGAGAGACAAGAGGGAGUUUCUGGAGUUCGGAUUGGGUGACGGGUGGGAGCCGUUGUGUGAAUUUUUGGGAAAGCCUAUACCUGAACAUGAAUUUCCGAGAGAAAAUGAUACCAGGUCUUGGAGGAAGGCUUUCAGGCUUGAUUGGUACAUUAAAAUUGGGGUGAUCUUAGGAAGUUUGGGGAUAUUCUUGAUCUCUUGUGCUAUGUCUAAGAUAUAAGCAGAGGAGGAAAUUCCUUGGCAUGGUAUCGCCGGGCAACUUAUUUCUUUGGUAUUAUGUUACAAAGCAUCUUCGGUCCCUGAAUUGACGGAAUGGGAUCUCUACACUUCAAGAGAGCCUCUGCACGAGAGUUUUAGUCAACUGGCUUAUCAACAGGGGAAAUUAGCAGAUCGUCCCACCAAUAUCUUGCCAAGC